AUAAACGUUGGUAGGAGUCAAGCUGCACGAUAAAAAAAAAAUCGAUUCAAAAGUUUUAAUUUGAAGAUUCUUUCUUCUUCGUCGUCGUCGUCGUCUUCAACUCGCCACCAACGGCGACCAAAACUUGGAAACGAUCAUCUCUCAGCUGUAAUUUCCUUAAUUAUCUAUUUAGGGGUCAAUUAUGGGAUGUGCUGCUUCUCUUCCAGCAGAGAGGAACUCUGGAACGUUAAGUGGUCUUAACAAUUCUGAGAAUGCUGUUUCAGCUGAUGCCACAAAUCUACGUGUUAAGUUAGUUCUAUUAGGUGAUUCUGGGGUCGGUAAAAGCUGUAUUGUCCUUCGAUUUGUACGAGGUCAGUUUGAUGCUACAUCUAAGGUAACUGUUGGAGCCUCGUUCUUGUCCCAAACAAUAGCCUUGCAAGACUCUACCACAGUGAAGUUUGAAAUAUGGGAUACAGCUGGGCAGGAAAGGUAUUCUGCUCUUGCACCACUAUACUAUCGUGGAGCUGGAGUUGCUGUUAUUGUAUAUGAUAUAACCAGCCCUGAAUCAUUCAAGAAAGCACAGUAUUGGGUUAAGGAAUUGCAAAAGCAUGGAAGCCCAGAUAUUGUUAUGGCUUUGGUUGGUAACAAAGCUGAUCUACAUGAAAAAAGAGAAGUACCAACUGAGGAUGGGAUGGAGCUUGCAGAGAAGAACAGCAUGUUCUUUAUUGAGACGUCAGCCAAGACAGCAGAUAACAUAAAUGAACUGUUUGAGGAAAUUGGCAAAAGGCUACCUCGUCCUACUCCUUCGUCAUGAUUGGAGUGUUGCUGAAUCAUCUCAUCUUCAGGGAAAGCAAAGAAAACCUGUUUCCGUACUACUAAUCUUUUCAUACUUUAAAUGUAAUGUUCAACAACAAUAAUUCUCUAUAUGUGUGUUGUAUAAUGUGAAGAUUUGAUGUUGAAUGGAACUGGGGAAUAUAUUGCGAACCUCAAAAGUGAAAACCCAAGUUAAAUUAAGCAAUGAAUCAUCAGUACAUA